AUGCGCCCAGAUGCCUUGUCCAACCCCAACCAGUCGACUCCGAGCUCCCGUCUAGGCACACCACUGCAGAAUCACGGGGCCUUUUACCCACAUUCGCCCUCCUCCCCCGCCGCUGGCGCGAAGAUGUCGCGGGCAGAGCGAUUCGAGGACGAGAAGCGGCGCAUCAUCGACACAUGCUUCUCCAAAACAGAUCCCAGCGGCCAGCUAGCGGAGUCUUACAUUACGCACAUUCGCAUCCAGGAGGACGCGCAGCAUGCCUCCGCCCCGCCGCCGCCAGAAAGCGGUCCUGAGAAUAAGAAGCCGCGUCUGAUCAUAAUUGCCGUGCGGUCGUCCGGACGCGUGCGCAUGCACAAGGCGCGUGAGAACACCAACGGCAGCUUCAGUAUCGGCAAGACGUGGAACUUGGAAGAGCUGUCCGCCAUUGAAUCAUAUGCCGGGACAGCACCGCCGCUGAGCGACCGCGAGGCACAACAUCGUGCUUGGGCGGGUAGUGUCGGCUUCACUGUGACCAUCACAAAGCCGUACUACUGGCAAGCGGGUACCAGCAAAGAGAAGGACUUCUUCAUUGCCAGCCUAGUGAAGAUCUACCGUAAAUACACCAAAGGCCAGGUGCCCGAGCUGCGAGGCUUCGACGAUAAAGAGAGGGCUACAAUCCUUGGACUACCUCCUGGCGCCCAGCUGCCACCGAACAUUCCACCACCUUCUAAUGGGGACUUGCCUCCGCCUACUCCCCACCACACCGAUCCGAACGCUCCGCUGUUACCUCCACAACCGCCGUUCGUCAAGCGAGACCAGAGUCGCGAAGGUAGCCGGUACAGGCAAAGCCCUGGUCCUCCUSCGAGCGUUCACGAUGCAAGGCCGAGCAGUGGGAAGAGUAAUAGGCAAUUUUCUACAUCGCCUGCCCCGCGCACAGGGCCAACACAACCUCCACCAGGACCUCGCAUGUUCGCAAGCCAGGAGCAGAUGCGCCAGCAGAGCAGAGAUGGAAAUCGCGAGCCUAGGCCGGAAUUUCGUCCGGGAACUUCACCUGCACCUCCAGGCCAUCGUUUUGCGUCCCCUGCGCAAAGUCAGGGUAUCGCUGGACCGCCUUCCAUCAUUUCUAAUCGAAGCGGUGGCUCGGACGCAGCAAUUAUCUCKCCUGGAAAAGAACAAAUGCCAUCCCCGCUGAGACCUCGAAGUCCCCAGAGACCAAGAGAGUUUGCGGCACCAUUCGAUGGUGGUUCGCACGAUCGCAAGCCAGGGACGCCCACAGACGGCGUCUCAUCUUCCGGCGCUGAUCUUUUCCAGGCUGCGCGUCAAAGGUAUAUGGAAUAUCAACCAGGCAGUACGCCCCCGCCUCCGCAGGAUAAAUUACCGCCUUUCGAGGCUGCUCCAAAUCAGCACAACGGACGGCCCAAGACGCCAAAAGAUACUGACCUCAGCCUCGCCUACUCGUCUUCGACUAAUGGUGUGGUCGAUGCCCCUGCGCCAGCGAUUCCGGUCAUUCCGCAGCCUGCGAGCCCUCCUACACCUCAACGCUCACGGCGACGACCAACUAUGGAACAUGCCGCAUCGACCAGCAGUGCCGAACUUCGCCCGGCACCUUUAAGCCAAACUCGCUCAUUUGCAGAGAGCAUACCGGACAGAACAGCGGCCAGAUCUCAAGAAACGGCCUCCCGCAAGAGUGAUGAACUUGCUGAAGUUAAGCCCUUGCAAGGUCAGAAAAGGCCUGAUACAAAUCUCCCUCUACCUGGCGUCUUGUCUCCAGCUUUAUUGCAACCUGGCGCCAGUCCAGCAGAAACUCCAGUAGAAGAGCAAAUCGAACAAGAAACAAUGGGAGAGCACUUCCGACCAGGACUGGGUCCGAUGGUCAAUAAGCAGGCUCUUGCCGGUCGGCUGAGGAAAGCUGCAAAUGCGGCUGGCGCUUUCAAACCGAGACCUGGAGGGGCCGCCGAAAAGAUCCUGCGAGCCAAAGCAGACCGCGAUGGUGAGCCUGAUGGGAUCACAGGUGUUGUUCCGCGUCCGAUCGCGCGCCAUGCACAUACGCAAGAGGAUGUUUCCACCGUCUCCACGCCAGUUACUGACACUUUCGCUGUGCGAGACGUCGCGUCCGAGGAGCCACCAGUUGUUGAGAUCAGCUCCCCAAAGUCGCCGGUUAGAGAUGAGAUUCCUGAUCCUCACAGCGUUCAACAUAGCGUGCAGUUAGUUGACGGACCUAUUUCCACACGGCCUGCCGGGCUAGGCCGCGAUGAAGUUGACACGGAGGAAGAAAGAGUUGAGCACCGACAGAUCCGACAGUCUCAGGUGAAGAUGAAAGUCAGAAGCGCACAGCAUGAAAAGUACCUCGCUGCACUUGACAUCGACCGUUCAUUACUAGAGGGCAAAGGGCUGGAGUUCGAGCAGAUGCUCACGGCGUCAGGAUGGGGCGGCGACGUACUGCAGCCAAAGCAACUCGCUCUACUGGAGCAAGACAUUAGGCGAGAGCAAGGUCGAGUGGAAGCUGGUUCCUGGCUCUCACAUACAGACGCAGCCCGGGAGGAGCGGGUAAACUAUGUCGAAAACUUGCUCGAUAAGGCAAUUGCAGAGUGCGACGAGCUAGAAGGCCUGUUGACACUUUACCACGUGGAAUUGAGUUCUCUCGACGAUGACAUUGCGUUCAUCGAGGAUCAAUCGCAAGGUCUGCAGGUGCAGUCCGCUAACCAAAAGCUUCUGCAUAGUGAACUCCAGGGUUUGGUAGACACCAUGUCACUGGGUCGCGGCGUGAUGGAUCCUCUGAAAUAUGGAGAUCUCUCACAGCCUAGCACAUUGCAAGAGAYUGAGGCAAGCUUGUUGCAGCUUUACCAGGCAAUGCUCACUAUGGAUCCUUCGAUGCGCUCCAACGCUCCGUCUCGCCCCAGAUCACGCAUGGGUCUUGGUGAUAGUGAGACCUCCAACAUGCUGGCACUACGAGAAAAGAAGGCUGUUUAUGAUACGGAGGUCAACGCUUUCUGUCAGCGGCUUUCGUUGUUCCUUGACGCCAGGUUCUCCGCCAGCGUGGACUCCGCUAAAGGUCGUGUCUUGCGUGUGCCUGGGGGUGGGGGCUUGGCCAAGCUCCACCCUGAAGUGUUCGCAGAAGUGCGGAGCGGGCUGUGGAUGUACAGUCCUCUUGUGCUCUUUUCGAAGGAAGUUAGCGUUCCUGCCUGGAAGACGCUCAUGCACAUGUAUUACACGCGCGUUCAACCGCUCUAUCGGGAGGCCUUUGUCGAGAAUCUGAACAAUUGGAAGAAGACUGCACGAGCCAGUUCUGGCGAUGAGAUGGACAUCCUCUUCACAGCCCAAGAAAAGGACGAUCCAGCUGGCGGCGGUUUAACCUCGACCGCGCGGAAGUUGACAGUCAAGCGGUCACAAACGCUAGCCAAGACUUUGCGCAACGCUUCUGGGAUGGAGAAGCACCAUGUCGCCGAACAUAAGCAGCCUGGUGCCGUGAUGCGAUCUGCCGCGUUUUCCAAAGCCAUGAAUGAGAUGGCCCCUUUGAUUAGCCAGGAGCAAAACUUCUUCGUGGAUUUUUUCCACGCGAAUUCUCUCGAAUCGGAAGAUUUUAUCGAUGCUGUGAACUCUGCACCACCUACUGCCAGGUUCGGUACGAAUGUCAUGGACCGCAAGCCCACUGAGCCGAACCAAGAAAUGGCUAAGGAGGUCACGAAUUCCAUGGUGCAGAUAUUCAAUGGCUUCACAGAAGAGAUUGGCAAGCUUGCGGAUUGGUCGGUGUCUGAAGAUCCUAUCYAGGGUGUUGGUAUCCUGGCCAGCCUUAACAAGCAUCGCUUUUACCUGCAAGGGAGUAAUCAGGCCUAUCUGCUUCAAUUGAUUGAUCAAGUCUGGGAGAAGAAGUUGCUCCCACGCUUUGAACGAUUCGUGGUGGAGCAGAUACGUGCUAUUGAAGACACCAAGGUUAAGAUCAAGAAACGAAAGGGGGUCAUUGCAUUCAUGAAGAUUUUCCCUCCAUUUGCUGCCGCUGUAGAGAAUGUGUUCUCUGCCGUUGCAGGCAACGACUACGACGGACCCGCACCGUGUAUAAUGGAAACGAGGGGGCUUGUCGACGACGCCUACGAGAGGAUUAACCGGGCAAUGUUUGAUAGUCUCAAAGUCAUCGCCAAGGAAAGUCCUGUAGCCGGCGUUCCAGCUGCUAAGCAGAGCCUUGCGGGCGGCGAUGAUCCAGAGGACAAACAGAUGCUCAACUAUCAUAUCCUGUUGAUCGAGAAUAUGAACCAUUAUAUUGAGGAGGUGGAUGAUGGCUCGAAAGAGGGCGUGUUGGCGGAAUGGAAGGGACGUGCCAUGAUGGAGCGAUCGGAAGCGCUAGACGCCUACGUUUCACGCGUGAUGCGUCGCCCGCUUGGCAAGCUUCUCGAUUUCCUCGAAUCCGCCGAGUCCAUCCUAUCGACGCAUCCGGACAACCCCGCUGCUGUGUCAUCACGACCAUCUUACUCGAGAAAAGCCAUGCGCACUGUCGUUGCCCAGUACGACAGCAAAGAGAUUCGACGUAAUAUCGAUACCCUUCGUAAGCGAAUUGAAAAGCAUUUCGGCGAGGCGGACGAGGAGGCGCUCGCUAGGACGUUGGUAGACUUUGUUUGCAAGGAGUGCGAGCGCAGCUAUGAACGCAYCCUCGAGCGGACAGAGCGACUUGUUAAUGAGGUCUAUCCACCUACUGAAGGAGAGAAGUCGGUUGAGAUCGGAUUCUCACGCGCCGAUAUCCAGGCUGGAUUCCGGCGAGGAUAG